CAUGUAAAAGAGGCUUGCAGGAUCCUUAGGCCAUCCCCAUGAAUUCCUCAUCUGACUCGAAUGUGUCGAGCACCCUGAGUUAUCGAGACUCCUCAAGCACAGCUGUGGUCAAAAAUGUGAUAGUUCUGGCUCUUGGCAUUACCAUUAACUACAUCAAUGGUACACUGAUUCACACCUUCAGAAAACACCAGAUAUUUUAUGUGAAUCCUCGUUACAUCCUUUUCAUCCAUCUGGUGGUGAAUGAUAUGAUCCAGCUCACCGUAACUAUCAGCCUCUUUAUCUUGAGUUAUGCCUUCUAUAAAAUUCAUGCUUCCCUCUGCUUGCUCUUUAUUACCUGUGCCAUCUUCACCACCUUCAACACUCCAUUAAAUUUAGCUGCCAUGGCAGCAGAGUGCUACAUCGCCAUCUGUUUGCCCCUGCAACACGGACGACUAUGUACCAUCAAGAGAACAUAUUUUCUGAUAGGCUGUGUUUGGGCUUUGAGUGCACUAUCGACUCUUACAGACAUCUUCAUUAUUCUGGCAACAGAACCUACGCGGUUAUUUUACGCCACAAUAUUUUGUGAGAGGGAUAACCUGUUCCGACACCCGGUAAAUCUAAAAAAGAGGGAGGUUUCUUACAUAAUCUGCCUGAUUGGUGUUUGGAUCACCCUCUUCUUCACCUAUUUCAAGAUUUUCUUUGCAGCUAAAGCAGCAGAUGGAGAUGCAAAGAAGGCCAGGAACACGAUCCUGCUUCACGGCUUUCAGCUUCUGUUGUGUAUGUUGACCUAUAUAGCCCAUGAGAUAAUUAGGGCCCUGGUUUACCUGUUUCCUAAAUAUUAUGUGCAGGUAGUUUUUGUUUGCUAUAUCAUCAUCCAGAUUCUUCCCAGGUUUAUCAGUCCGAUUGUGUACGGGCUACGAGACAACACAUUUAGAGUGUAUUUGAGAAAGUAUCUGCUGUGUACUGUGUGAACAAGAAACAAGCUAUAGACUGAAACAAAGGCUGCUGUACUAGGUAUCAAAAUAGACGGAUCAGAGUAAACGAGUUCUGACUUUUCAGAGUUAAGAACAAGUACAUUAUAUUGGAACUUGCUCACAUUUAUUGUGCCCUAUGUGUUCUCAAAUGCAAUUUGAAAUUUCUGACUGACUAAAACCUAAUUAUUUUAUUGUCAACUGUGGGAUUGUCUUGUAAAAUACCUUUUCAUACCAGAUAAAAUCCGGCUGUGUUCUCACUUAGAUUUUCUGUCCACAUAGCAAAAU